AUGAAAAAUCUUCGAUCUGAUUGCCUCCGUUUGAUCCAAUCUUGCAAGUCACUGGCAGCAGCCCAAGAAAUUCACCGCCAGCUCCAAGAAGUGUGGAGUUUUGACGAUGUGUUUCUGUGCAACAAGAUGCUGGAGCUCUACAGCAAGUGUGGGAGCUUCGAGAUGGCAAAGGAAAUAUUCGAUGGAAUAAUCACUAAGAACACCUUCAGUUGGGUCCUGAUGAUCACUGCGUACGUGAGACGCGAUCUCAGUGAUGAAGCAAAAGAAUGCUUCACAAAGAUGCCCAUGCUGGAUGUUGUAGCUUGCAAUGUGAUGCUAAGUUUAUAUUCCCAAGUUGGGGAUCUUCAAGAGGCUAGAUUCCUGUUUGAUUCCAUGCUUGAGAGAGAUCUAGUGUCGUGGACGGCUAUGAUUGACGCACAUGCUCAGGAUGGACAUCUACUGCAAAGUGAGCACCUGUUUUCGCAAAUACCGCAGAGGAAUCUUGUUGCAUGGACCGCAAUGCUUGUGGCAUAUGCCCAAACUGGGCAUCUUGUGGAUGCGAAAAGAAUUUUCAAUGAGAUGCCUGAGCACGAUAUUGUGGUCUGGAAUGCCAUGCUAGCUGCAUAUGUACAAAACGGAUUAUUUGACGAUGCCAGACGCAGUUUUGAUGAGAUGCCACAAAUGAAUCUCGUCAGCUUGAAUUCCAUGCUGGCUGCAUUUGGCCAAAGCAAAAAUCUGCAAUUAGCUAUUAAUCUAUUUGAAAACAUGCCUGAGCACGACUUGAUCUCAUGGAAUUCCAUGUUAUAUGUUUAUUCGCAGCACGGGCAUCUUAAGCGAGCAGAGGAAAUAUUCCAGAAGAUGCCGCGACGUAGCAUCAUCUCUUGGACGUCAAUGCUUACAGCAUAUGCUCAUAAUGGGAAUCAUUCUGACGCAGAAAGGAUAUACUACAAAAUGCCAACAAGGAAUCUAGUGUCGUCAAACACAAUGAUAGCAUCAUAUGGAGAAUCCGGCCGCCUCACCACAGCCACAGCCCUGUUCCACGCACUGCCCCAGCGGAAUCUAGCAUCCUGGAACGCCACUCUCGCGGCAUAUUCCCGAAACGGGCAUCUAGAGCACGCAAAGCACAUGUUUGAUGUGAUGCCACAAAGGGAUCUUGUCUCGUGGACGACUAUAAUGGCAGCAUUUUACCAGCACGGCUUUCUAUCACUAGCCACACGAAUCUUCUCCAGCAUGCCCGAGCAGAUACCGGAAUCCUGGAACGCGAUGCUCACGGCAUAUUCGCAAAGCGGCCACCUUUGCAAGGCAAAGAGCCUCUACGAUUCCAUGCCGGAGAGAGACCUGGUCUCCUGGACGGCUAUGAUCGCAGCUUAUACCCAAAACGGGCAUCCCCUCACGGCCAUGGAAGCUUUCCACGCAGGAAAGCUGAGCAAAACUCCCGACCAAGUCUGCUUCGUGCUCGCCUUGCUCGCUUGCAGCCACGCUGGCAAAGUGGAGCUCGGGAUAAACUGGUUCUCUUCCAUGAUCUCCGACUUUGAGAUCACGGUGAGCAAGCAUCACUACUGCUGCAUGAUCGAUCUCUUCUCGCGAGCCGGGCACCUGGACGAGGCCAGGGAUCUCAUCGCCAACAUGCCGUUCGUUCCCGAGGCCCUGGAAUGGGUGUGCUUCUUGAGCUCGUGUAAGAGCCACAGUGAUCUCCAGCAUACCUCGCAAGCUGUGAAUGCGGUGCUCGAGCUUCGCGAAAAAGAGAAGCUUUUUGACGAGUAA